GAAAACUACAGGGCCGGCGUGUCCCUACGUAGCGUUGCGUGACGUGCGCCGGCUUACGUGGUUGACGCCGCGGCAGCACACGAGGACUCGUUGAGAGCUAGUGCUGAGUCGGGUUAGUGCCGCGGUUUGCCGGCUGCCUCCUGGCUGUGUAAAAAACGGGUACAACAUCUUUCCCUCCCACGCGGGAAGCUCUCCCCCCACCCUGCCGACCCCUUGUCCUACCGCUUCAGCUCCCCUGAUAAAGCAGCUGGUAUAUCCCAACCCGACACACCCGGAAAUGGACGCGAUCGACUCGGCCCCAGACUCCUGGGAACAGACGGACAUGGAGGCCACGGAUCUGAAUAAUUCCAUGGCCGCACUCAACGUGAACGCCAAGCCGUUUGUCCCCAAUGUACACGCCGUAGAGUUUGUGCCGUCUUUCUUCAUGGGCAGCGCGCCAUCGGAGGAGGAGGAGCAGCAUCAUGGUUCUGCCACUGCUGUUGGCAUGGAUGUUUCCGAGCCUGUUGUGGAAAAUGGGGAAACGGAGAUGUCACCUGAAGAAUCUUGGGAUCACAAAGAAGAUCCUAUAGAAGCAGAACCAGGAGGUGGUUCUGAGGGCGAUGGAGGGACUACAGAAGAAGGUUCCUCCGAAAUGAUUGAGGAAGAGGAGGAAAUUCCAAAACCCAAAACAAUUGUUGCACCCCCAGAUGCCCCAAAGAAAGAACAUGUAAAUGUAGUGUUCAUUGGACAUGUAGAUGCUGGUAAAUCAACCAUUGGUGGUCAAAUCAUGUAUUUAACAGGCAUGGUUGAAAAAAGAACUCUUGAAAAAUAUGAGAGGGAAGCCAAGGAGAAAAACAGAGAAACCUGGUAUUUGUCGUGGGCUUUAGACACGAAUCAGGAAGAACGAGACAAAGGAAAAACUGUAGAGGUUGGUCGGGCCUAUUUUGAAACGGAGAAAAAGCACUUUACUAUCCUAGACGCCCCAGGCCACAAGAGCUUUGUUCCAAAUAUGAUAGGGGGUGCUUCUCAAGCUGACCUUGCUGUUUUGGUCAUAUCUGCAAGAAAAGGAGAAUUUGAAACUGGCUUUGAAAAAGGAGGACAGACCAGAGAACAUGCUAUGUUAGCAAAGACAGCUGGUGUAAAACAUUUAAUAGUUCUCAUUAAUAAAAUGGAUGAUCCAACAGUGAAUUGGAGCAAUGACAGAUAUGAAGAAUGUAAAGAAAAACUAGUGCCGUUUUUGAAGAAAGUUGGUUUCAACCCCAAAAAAGAUAUUUAUUUCAUGCCAUGUUCAGGGCUUACCGGAGCUAACCUGAAAGAACCAGUGGAAGCAUGCCCAUGGUACAUUGGCUUGCCAUUUAUUCCAUAUCUGGAUAGUUUGCCAAACUUUAAUAGAUCGGUUGAUGGGCCUGUCCGACUGCCAAUUGUUGAUAAGUACAAGGAUAUGGGAACAGUGAUUCUAGGAAAGCUAGAAUCUGGUUGCAUUUGUAAAGGACAGCAGCUUGUCAUGAUGCCAAACAAGCACACUGUUGAAGUGCUCAGCCUACUUUCUGAUGAAGUAGAGACAGAGCUUGUAGCACCAGGUGAAAACCUGAAGCUACGACUCAAAGGCAUAGAAGAGGAAGAAAUCCUGCCAGGAUUUAUUCUGUGUGACCCUAACAACGUUUGUCAUUCUGGCCGUACAUUUGAUGCCCAGAUUGUGAUAAUUGAGCACAAAUCUAUCAUCUGCCCUGGUUACAAUGCAGUGCUACAUAUUCAUACCUGUAUUGAAGAAGUCGAAAUAACAGCCUUAAUCUGUUUGGUAGACAAAAAAUCAGGAGAAAAAAGUAAGACGAGACCCCGAUUUGUAAAGCAAGACCAAGUAUGCAUUGCCCGUCUAAAGACAGCCGGAACAAUUUGCCUUGAAACAUUCAAAGAUUUCCCCCAGAUGGGACGAUUUACCUUAAGAGAUGAAGGUAAGACCAUUGCAAUUGGGAAGGUCUUGAAACUGGUUCCAGAAAAGGACUAAGCUUCUGAAUGCUGCACAAUACUGUGUGGAAAAUUGACUCUACAGAAGCCUACUUCACAUUGCCUUCUUGUGUUCUGCCCAUUGACAAAAUGAUUAUCCAAGACCAGUUUCACAGCAGAAAUAUGUCCACAUUGUCAGCUUUCUCAUAUUGAGAGCUCUGCUAUGCCACUGUUCAAUUUCCCUCCCUGAACAUUAUUCCACCCUUCUAAAUUCCACUUCCUAGGAGAGAUUUGGCAAUAGCUUCAUAAGUUAUGUGGACUAAAUUGCCUACAAUAAUGAAAAACCUAAGAAUUUUUUUUUCUUUUUAAACAAGUACAUGCAAUAUCACUCUUUCCUCGUCUCUAGAACGAGACAACUUUUAAUCCUAAGCAUAUUAUUCAAAAAUGUGCGAAUGUGUGAGCACGUUACAAAGACAAACUACCAUGUUAAUAAAAUAUUCAAGUUCAAACCCUUUUCGGUAUUUGAAUUGCUUUUGAAUACAUUUUUUUUUUUACCUGAAUGUAACAUUGCUGCAUUAACUUUUUAACGUUCCAAGUAAACGAUUAAUAUGUUGGCUUGGAUUUUUUUUUUCUAAAUGACCCCUAACCCAAAACACUUUUUUUUUUUUUUUUACCUGUAAACAAUUUGGCCCACUUAUUUAAACUCCUUUAAAGCGACCUACGUUGUACGCAAACUUGAACAGCGCUUUGGUUAAAUUUUAAGUCGAAACAAAAUUAGCAUUAUGAAGUUAGAGUAUCAUUUUGGAUAAUAUGGGGGCAUCUAUAAAUGCUAAGGAGACUUGUUACCUAGCUUCAUUCUGCCAUAAAAAUAAAUCUGAAUUUACGGAAUCACAUGUAUGGCUCUGAAGAAUAUUUUUUAUUUAAUUUUUUUUUUUUUUUUUUAAUUUACAUAAGUCAUUAGUGGCUGCUGAGCUACAAUUCAGAUCGUGAAGACUGCUGUUCUCAGUUCCAGUUCAGUCUUUUGUGUUGUUGGAGAUAAGGCUUGACUUGACCUAUUUGCUGCUUAAAAAAACCAGUCUGAGAUGAGCAGUGGACUAUCAAUAUUGAGCUCCUAUGAGUUUGCACAUUGAAUAAGUGAUAUAGUCCUGUUGUCUGUAUUCUCUGCAUAUCAAGAGUUAAGCUUUUUUCUAGAGCUGAAAGCAAUUUCUCUGGUAAUUAGAAACGAACAAUAAAACAAUGUCCCCUGUAAAACCCUCGACCACCAUGAUUUAAAAGAGCAAUAGAUUAGCUAUUUUUAAUUGGGUGAUUGGAAUUCUAAGCAUCCCCCAAACACUUUUAGGAGGGAAAGUGCAAUACCUUUUAUUUUCUAAGUGGUGGUGUUUCCCUCCUUGGCUGUUUUUCCUUCACUGUAAAGUGUUUUUCCAUAAAGACAGCUGGAAAGUUUCAGGAUUUAGUGAACCCAAUAUUUGUUUUAACUGUGGAUCUUAAUUUUUUUCCCCCCUGUUCAUUUCACCAAUGAGGCUACAUUGUAAGGCCAGAGAAAACUUGUCCUUCAGUUUCAAAUGAUUACUGAUUACUCUUGUAGCUGCCGUAAUGCAUGAAAUGGAAAUAAAUUUUAUUAUGUCAGCAAAA